AUGUCGACGAAAUCCUACUCGACUAUACUCUAUGUUGUCUUGGUAUUCCUGUCACCAUUUCAGAUCAGUGGAUUUGUGCCGUUGGGACAACUGAAACCUUCGUUUGUCUAUUCUCAUGGCAACGGACAUUCCGUCACCACCUCUCCCUCGGAGCACGACAUUGAGGAAAUGAACAACAAUAAAAACAAUGACAAUAAUUUGAAACCACCCUCGAAGCGACUGCGAUUCUUGAACAAACUGGGAUUCAAGCGAGUGUCCCAUGACCAAAAGGAGAUUCGAGAAGCCGCCUCCGCCAAGAAAGUACCCGAAACAUUCGAAAUUACAAAUCUAAGAGACCUCGAUUCGUACUUUGCCGACAAACAAAGACGAUUCCGGAACAAGGAAGGUAAGAUUGAUUCGGAUAGUCUAAUUCGAUCACUCUCGGUGUGCGGUGAUACCCAAAUCAUUGGGUCUACAGAACACUUGGACUAUGUGCAUCCAGUGGCCAAACUGUUGCACGAACGAAAAGCAAAUGGUUCGCAGUGCGUCGAAGGGGGAAAGCGAGACGAUGGGUGCAAGAUUGCCUUGGUGAUUGAAGGUGGUGGUAUGAGAGGGUGCAUUUCCGGUGGAAUGGUCUGUGCAAUCAAUUACCUUGGUUUGCGAGAUGCGGUCGAUGUGGUUUAUGGAUCCUCUGCCGGUUCGGUGGUCGGAGCCUACUUUAUCACUGGCCAAUUGCAGUGGUUAGGUCCAGAAGUCUACUACGACAAACUAACAACCGCUGGAAAGAACUUUAUUGACACUAGUCGCUUGUUGCGAGUGCUUGGAUUCGGCUUGGCCGAUCCUCGCUUGUUCAAGGAUGUUUUGGGACGUCGCAACAAUGGCAAACCCGUCUUGAACUUGCCAUUUCUAUUGAAAGAAACCAUGCAGCGAACGAAGCCACUGGAUUGGGAAAAAUUUGCCCAACGACAAAAGGUGCAACCACUCAAGGUUGUUGCGUCCGGAUUGAAACGUCAAGAGGCAGUUGUCAUGGGCAUGGAAAGCGGCCAUUUUACUUCCAUUGAAGAGAUGAGUGAAUGUAUGCAUGCCUCUUGUCUAUUACCAGGAAUUGCGGGACCUGUCAUGAAUAUCAAGUCCAAUGAGAAUAACGACCCCGAGAAGCCAAAGUUUGUCAUUCGCAAUGGACUUGACGACCCAGACUAUGAACCUGUGGCCGAUGCCUUGGUCCAUGGACCCCUUCCUUAUGAAUCAGCCUUCAAGGAAGGAGCAACCCAUGUCAUUGUCCUUCGAUCAAGAGCGGAUGGUACUGAUGUGACUGGGAAGGGAGGCGUCUUGGAGCGACUGAUAUUCCGUCGCUUUUUCUUGCGAAAGAACAAACUCCCUAACGUCUUUCAAUACAUGUCGCAUCAACUUCACAAGAAGCUUUAUGCCAAGAAUAUUAUUGAAAUGAACGAAGCAGCUCACAGUACACGAGACUACAAGGAUACUUCCGAACCACACACGUUGGCACUGGCGCUACCACCAGGGUCGGAGGAAAUUGCUCGACUUGAAGUUGACCGGAAGGCAAUCUUUGAAGGGGUCCGAAGAGGGUUUGCCAGAGCCUAUGAUGCUCUUGUGGAGGAUCCAAAGGAGCGUGGCCGGGGUCACAUUGUAGCCAAGGAAUAUUUCCCGGACGAAAUUUUGGAUUACAGCCCUGAGGAUAUUGCCAGGGUUGACGAUUCGGCGUUCCGAAUAUUUAUGGAACAGGAAUCAAUAUCACCCAAAUCCUGGGCAAAUAAGAAGUAA